UCAUGGCAAAUCGAUGUUAAUUUGAAAACUCCAAUGAUAUUGGUGUUUUUUCUAAACUUACAAAUGCAUAUUGUCUUGUUGCACUUGGAGGAAGUGAAAAUUUCUAUUCUGUGUUUGAAUCUGAACUUGGAUUAAGUAUGCCAGUCAUCCAUUGUUCAAUUGGAGGCACAAGAAUUAUUGGAAGAUUGACAGCAGGUAUAUUAUAUUUAUUAAAUAUAAAUAGGAAAUAAAAAUGGAUUAUUGGUACCUAAUACAUGUACUGAUUAAGAACUAAAAUAAAUUAGAAAUUCAUUACCAGAUGAAGUUAAAGUAAUUAUAUAAAUAAAAAAUUAUAGGUUAAAAGAGUUGAAGAGAAAUUAUCUGCAUUAGGUAAUUGUGUGGCUUGUAAUGAUUAUGUUGCUUUGAUACAUUCUGAUUUAGAUAAAGAGACAGAGGAAAUCAUUGCAGAUACUUUAGGAGUUGAAGUAUUUAGAACUACUGUAGCAUAAUAAGUAUUGGUUGGAACUUAUUGUUGUUUUAAUAAUUAAGGAGGAUUAGUACAUCCAUUGACAACAGUAGAAGAAUUAGAUGAAUUAGCUAAUCUAUUAUAAAUACCAUUAUGUGCUGGUACUGUAAACAGAGGUAGUGAUAUCAUAGCAUCUGGUCUUGUUGUUAAUGAUGUUGCUGCAUUUUGUGGUAUAUAUUGAAUUUAAACUUUAUAGGUUUGGAUACUACAUCUACAGAAAUCACAGUGAUUGAGAAAAUUUUCAAAUUGUAAGAUAAAAAUAAGUAAAAUAUGGAAGUGUAAAUUCGUUAAGAUAUGAUGUAAGAAUUGGAAUGAU